AGUGAUCAUGGAGGGAUUGUUCUCAGCCAGCCAAUGUUUCCAACAAAAGCAGUUUGGAAACAGAAAGGAGGGUGAUAUGAAGCCUGAUGAGAAGCCACAGGUGGAGGGAGGAACUACAGAUGAGGCUCUAACAGACCAGAGUCUAAUGACGAGGGAGGCUCUGGGUAGAAGGAACAUCUGGGAGCCAAGUGUUUACUAUGACCUGGGAAAGGAAUCUUUUCAUUUUGCUGGUCAGGACAUCAGCAUCCGGGAGUCGAUGGACACGUACGGUGCUCUGAUCUGGCCUGGGGCCAUAGCUUUGAGUCAGUUCUUAGAGAACAACCAGGAACAAAUGAAUCUGAUGGACAAAGCAGUGUUGGAGCUGGGAGCUGGUACUGGCUUAGUCUCUAUAGUGGCCAGUUUGCUUGGUGCUUGGGUGACAGCUACUGAUCAGCCGGAGAUUUUGUCUAAUCUGACGUUCAACCUUCGGAGGAACACUAAGGGCCGCUCCCGCUAUAUGCCCCAGGUAUCUGCCCUCUCCUGGGGUCAGGACCUGGAAAGUCGCUUCCCCUACCCGUCCUACCACUAUGAUUAUGUGCUCGCAGCAGACGUGGUCUACCAUCACGAUUUCCUUGAAGAGCUGCUGAAAACAAUGCUUCACUUUUGCAGACCAGGAAGUGGAACAACUUUACUGUUGGCCAACAAAAUCAGAUUUCAGUCCGACCUGAGGUUCGUGGAGCACUUUAAGAGCAAGUUCAACACCACGCUGCUCACUGAGCUGCCGCAGCAGGAGGUGAGGAUAUACAAGGCCACAGCGAAGGAAUGA